AACGUGCGUGAGCUAUCCGGCCGAACCUUUCCUGGCGAGCUCAGCGCUCACUCCCAGAGUCGGUUCCGCUGUAGAGGUGACCUGGCUCCUCGAGACCGCCUUUGCAGGUGCACAAAUCGUCCACGCAAUUCUCAAUAAUGUCUGAACCAAUCAGAGUCCUUGUGACUGGAGCAGCUGGUCAGAUUGCAUAUUCACUGUUGUACAGUAUUGGAAAUGGAUCUGUCUUUGGUAAAGACCAGCCCAUCAUUCUUGUGCUGCUGGACAUCACCCCCAUGAUGGCUGUUCUGGAUGGUGUCCUGAUGGAGCUGCAGGACUGUGCUCUUCCCCUGCUGAAAGAUAUCAUUGCAACAGACAAAGAAGAGGUUGCCUUCAAAGACCUGGAUGUGGCUGUCCUUGUGGGCUCCAUGCCAAGAAGAGAAGGCAUGGAGAGGAAAGACCUCCUGAAAGCCAAUGUGAAGAUCUUCAAAGCCCAGGGCAGUGCCUUGGAGAAGUAUGCCAAGAAAUCUGUUAAGGUGACUGGCAGCAUAUUUGACAGUCUCGUUCUUAUCUGCAUUUUCAAACUUCUGCUUUUGAUAUUUAAGUGUCAGGAGAAUUGCUUGUGGGUUUUGUUUUUUUUUUUUUUCUUUUUCUUUUUCUUUUUCUUUUUUUUGGUUUUUCGAGACAGGGUUUCUCUGUGUAGCUUUGCGCCUUUCCUGGAACUCACUCUGUAUUCCACAGUCCGAAGAGGUGAGGUGACACCAAAGCCUCCUCAUGAGCCGCCUCAGCAGGAGCAGAGGUUGGACAGUUCUGCUUCCGCAAGGGUCACAGAGUGGCACUUUGUCCCAGUGCAUGGAACAGUUUCCCUCGAUGGGGCAAAAGUCAUGAAUGAACCAAGAAUUGCUCUUAAACUCGGGGUAACUGCUGAUGAUGUAAAGAACGUCAUCAUCUGGGGAAAUCACUCAUCAACUCAGUAUCCGGAUGUCAAUCAUGCUAAGGUGAAGCUGCAGGGGAAGGAAGUCGGUGUGUAUGAAGCCCUGAAAGACGACAGCUGGCUCAAGGGGGAGUUCAUCACGACUGUGCAACAGCGUGGUGCUGCUGUCAUCAAGGCUCGGAAACUGUCCAGUGCAAUGUCUGCCGCCAAAGCCAUCUCUGACCACAUCAGAGACAUCUGGUUUGGAACCCCAGAGGGAGAGUUCGUGUCAAUGGGCGUUAUCUCUGAUGGCAACUCCUAUGGUGUUCCUGAUGACCUCCUCUACUCGUUCCCUGUCGUGAUCAAGAAUAAGUCCUGGAAGUUUGUUGAAGGCCUCCCUAUUAAUGAUUUCUCCCGUGAGAAGAUGGACCUUACUGCAAAGGAACUGGCCGAAGAAAAAGAAACUGCUUUUGAAUUUCUCGCCUCUGCAUGACUAGACAAUCUUGUUGAUGUCAGUAAAUACCCCAAAGCUGAGGAAUCAAAAUGUCGUCUUUGAGCCUAGUACCAAACAGUAAUAAUGCUCUACUCAAAUUGUGAACAGCAACAUUUUAAGUAGUAUGUUUAAAUAGCUUCAUUGUUCAGAUCUGUGAAAGUCUAUCAUGCUGUUACUGUUGAUCUAAAUAAAAGUGUAUUCAAGUGA